UAACCGUCGCGUGUCUGGUCGUCAUGACGAUUCACGCCGAGAGCAUUCUACACCCUUGCACCCUUAAUGAUGCGCUGCUGAUGGUGCCACCGCCCCCACUGCCGCCGCAGCAGCCGCUCACAACGCAAACUCCAUGCACUCGCCGCGGCUGAUGUUUUGACUGCGUUUACGUUUUUGUUGCGUCCAAGGUGUGGGCGCGGAGCGACGCGUUUUUUUCAACUUUUGAUCAUGAGUGCAUGAGUGUGCAACAUGUACAGGUGCACACGACAAGCACAAUCGAAAUCAUUUCGUUCAGUGUUUUGUGUUUUGCGAUGACUACGAACGCGCGAUAUAGUUUAUAAUGAUGAUAAAGCAAUCGCGGCGAUGCAAUCGACAUGCUGAGUUUUAUUUUCAACUUUUACAUUGAUAUAUGAAGUGUUUAGUGUGCAUCAAAGUGAUAACAUGACUGUGCCAAAUACACUACCAAUACCAAUCCAACAUCAAACAAUAAACUCAGGAAUUCCAAACAAUGCAAUCGCAGAAAAAGAAAUACUUUCACCGUGUCUCUCAGAUAAUUUGACGAUGAUCAUCACAACACCUUCAUCGAUCACCGAGCGCCCGCUGUUAUCGCCUGUGGACGCCGCGGGAAACCCGAAACGCGUGUGGUACAAGCAACUGAAACCCCCGUACGCAAUGCUCGUCAUAUCUUGUAUGCAAGUUGGUCUGUACGUGUUUCUGGAUGAUAUGACGUACACGCGAGCCACGCACGCGCUCCUCUUCGAUCCGCGCCGCCAACGUGAACUUUGGCGCUUCGUCACCUACAUGCUCCUGCACAAGGACUUUGUGCAUUUGCUGCAGAACGUCUUGCUGCAGUGUUUAUUCGGAGUCUACUUGGAAACAUUUGAAGGGAGCCGACGCGUGCUAUUUGUAUAUUUCGGUGGCGGCAUUGGGGGAGCAUUGGGGGCGGCUGUAAUGCGUGGGGAUUUAAUCGUCGGUGCUUCCGCCGGAGUUUACGCUCUGCUGCUCUCGUAUGUCUCACAUAUCAUAUUGAACUUCACAACAAUGAAAUACAGAUUUCAUAUAAUCGUCGCUGUUGGCGUGAUUAUUGUUAGUGAUAUUGUGUACUGCACGUUUCACUACUUCUACAACGCCUCGCCGACGAUAUCAGGUGGUGCGCAUUUAUUCGGUGCUCUUCAUGGCCUUCUCAUUGGUCUAAUAAUCUUCGCACAAACGCAAUAUUAUUCGAUAACUUACCAAAAAGUCACUUCUAUCGCUGCAUUUAUUUUAUUGCUUGUUGUGUUCAUUGGGCUUAUUAUCGCCGAUGUGAAAAUCACUAAAAAUUAUCUGCAAACAAAACUAAAACGCGAUUUUAUGCCAGAAUAAUUUAGUUUUUUUGGCAUUUUUAUAUGAAAAUUAUAAUCGAACUCAGGUUUAAUGUCUGUAAUUCGUAUUCAAUCAGAGCAUAAGACUGUAAUGUACAUUUACACAUGUAGCAUAGCUUAAUUUUUAUAUUUAUGAAUGACGAUUGAAUAUAUUAACAUUUUUAUAUGAUAAUUCUAUAAUCUGUACGCGAUGUACUUACAUAAUAGCAAAACUAUGUAACUUCUUACUGUUGUGAUCGCAUUUACUCGAUUUGAGAAACAAAUUUCUAUUUAAUUAUUUAUAAAAAUAUACAUACAACUAACUUUGUGAUAAAUAAUUUAAAGGAUGUU